AUGGCGGCGGAGGAAGCUACCGAGGGUUCAGCCCAAGAUAUACUGUUUAGUGAGCUUAUGGAGUUGGAUUUCAAUGUGUCAGGAGCAUUUGUGGGGCAGCCGGCCGUGAAUUCAAAUCACCUGCACACAGGGAACGACUAUGAGUCGGGGCCGGCCGAGCGGAAGAGGCCCGUCAGCAUGGCCGUGAUGGACGCCGACCUGGUGAAGGACAGCUUUGGUGUCAAGGUUUUGGACUUCCCAGCGAGCACCCGGCGAGGCGGCACUGUUAAUAGAAAGCACACCGCCCCGGCUUUCCAGCCGCCGCUUCCGCCCACGGAGGCCGGCACGCUGUCUCAGGCGGGGGCAGAGCAGCUCCCGCAGGGCGCCGGGGCUGAGCCUGGCCUCUGGGGGGCCGCCUCUGCUCCACUCCCUGGCCCAGCAGAGCCCUCCCAAAGCCAAGGCGCUGAGGACAGCAGCGUUUCAAAAUCCAAAGACUCCACGCCCUCGACCACCCCUCCGCCCACCAGAAACGGCCGGCACGGAAGCGCCCCUCAGCCACAUCCCCAGCCGGCCAGCGGCACCGGCCAGUCCUCGCUCGGGCAGCCGCAGAUCAACGCUGGGCCCAGUCCCCACACGCUCAGGCGAGCUGUCAAAAAGCCUGCCCCAGCCCCGCCGAAGCCUGCCAACCCACCUCCCGGGCAGCCCGGAAACCAGAACGCAAGCCCGGCCCCUCCACUGCCCUCCGUGUCUCCCAAGCCGGCUGCCAGAAGCCCCUCUCCGCCCAGCCCAGGAGGUGCCCUACCGGCCCCUGCCACCGCCCAGGCCUCUGCGCCCCGGCGUUACUCCAGCAGCCUCUCCCCCAUCCACGCUCCCAGCCACCCCCCGCCGCAGCCUCCCAUGCAAGCCGCGACCCCUCCUCUGCAGCCCAAGGGGGCCAGCCCGGGCUCCUCCCCGACGGCGGCGCCCGGCUCCGAGCCUGGCCCGGAGAAGCACGGCGCCGCCUCCCCGGCCCCUCCGCCUGCAGCCCAGGAAGCCCCUCAGGCAACGUCACCCCCUCAGACAGGCACCUUGCCCAGGCCGAGGCCCGUGCCCAAGCCGAGGAACCGCCCCACCGUCCCCCCUCCACCUCAUCCUCCCGCUCCAAACCUGGCUGCCGGAGACGCCUCUCUUCCAGGAGCCCCGCCGACCGCAUCCCGCAUAGUCACUGAGUCCGCUCCCAGUGUCCAAGAGCCGCCACCGCGGGGCCUCCCUGCCGCAGAGCCGUCCUCGACGGAGUCCGCCGUUUUACCAGGUCAGAGUUCUCACAACCACCUUGUGCUCGACAUCGAUCACGACACUGAAAGCACUGCUCUGUAAAAAAAAAACAGUAGAACCACUCCGGCGCACGGCCCCUUCCUAUCCCAGUGGGAACCAAAACCAGUCAAGAC